GUGUGUUGAGGGUGAACUGCAUGGACUGUCUGGACAGGACCAAUGUGGUUCAGACGGCUCUAGCCAGGGUGGUGCUCAGAACACAGGUAGGUACUUGCAGAGAGGUGUGUUCAGGAUGAACUGCAUGGACUGUCUGGACAGGACCAAUGUGGUUCAGACGCCUCUAGCCAGGGUGGUGCUCAGAACACAGCUACGCAAGCUGGGACUGCUGCUUCCUGAGCAAAGACUCGUCCCCAGCAUCAAGACAAUCUACCAGGACAUGUGGGCCAACAACGGGGACAUCGUCAGCCGGCAGUAUGCUGGGACCGCCGCUCUCAAGGGAGACUACACCAGGACAGGAGAGAGGAAGUUAACAGGGCUCAUGAAAGAUGGGUACAACUCAGCGAGCAGAUACGUGCAGAACCAGCUAAAGGAUGCCUUCAGACAAGUGGCAAUAGAUUUGAUGUUGGGGAACCAGGAGAUCCAAGAGGAUCUCACAUUGAUUGAUGAGCAGAAGGCAUCCGCUGAGAUGGGUAAAGAUGUGUGGGAUGGUGUGGAUGAGGAAGAUAUCAAACAGAGGAUUCAACAAUGCUCCAGGUUACUACUACCAAAGAAUGAAGCCAAGAUGAAUCUAGGAGGCUGGGUGCUUAUUGAUUGUGACUCAGGGGAUCUUGAUGACAGUGGUGAGGAUGACAGGGACAUCAUUCUGAUCAUAUCAGAGAAGGCUUACUACAUUGCAAGCUAUGAUGAUGAGGCAGAGAAGAUCACCCAGUAUGAAAGGAUACCAAUAGAUGCAAUGACUGCUGUGGGCAUAGGAUCAGCAACGACGUUCUUCUCCCAUGCCAAACAGCGCUGCGUGCGCAUCUAUCAUUCUGUUCAGGGUCAGGAUGGUUACUUCAGCACUCUGAAAGCACUGCCUAGUCAGUCAAAGGAAGCAGCUGAAGAUAUCCUUCAUGCUCUUGUAGAAGCCCUUGCAAAGGCCAGAGCAGCUAAUAAUCUGGGACUGAAGGUUGUUGAGGACAAGAUGGAAAAGAAAAAGAGCAGGGUCUCCCAAGAGGUAAUCCGUCUCACGUCCCAGAAACGUUUCACCAUGUGGUUACAGGACAAGUUUGUUCCAGAAUCGGUCCUUGCCAAGCGCAAAGGUGGCAACCAGGGUGGUGAGCAGAGCCCUUCUGAUCAGCCCAGCAGCCGUCAGCUUAUCAAGCCAAUCAGAGCACAGGUCAUGAGCAGAUACUUCCAGUCCAUGGGCGACAAGGUCUCCAAUCUGAACCCGCUGAAGAAGGUACGCUUACGGAAGAGGCAGUCCAAUCCGCAGACGGAAAGCAUCGGGAUGGAGAACCGUGCUUUAGCUGAGGAUGAGGAGAGCCAGGAUGAACUAGAUGGCAUCGAUGACAGUGACGAUGAGAUCCUGCUUGAUUCAUCGUCUAGCGAUGACACGUCGUUUGACGGACUGAGCUUGGGAGCCUGUCUGGAAAUCCUGGGAGGAAAUGCUGAUGUGGACCCAGAAGAUGAUCCUCAUAACAACAGCGUGGUUUCUCACGAUGGAGAGAUCAUCCUGACGACAUGCGGCGUACUGGCUGUUGAUCAGGAACGAAACAUGAGAAGUCUGAACCUACGAAGAAUAACGCCUCGAAAGAACUACCACCGUGAUGCUGCUGAUAAUGCUAACAUGAUUGCCAAUGCCAACGAAGAGAGGGUGAGGAGAGGAAGAUUGUUGUCAGAUGGUGAAGAUCAGAGUAGGAAGUACAGCACCUUAGGACGGGUAAGAACACAAGCCCCAGUGGACGCUGCAGAUGGACCUGAUGCUUCUAGUAAAGUCUUUGCAGACUCUAAUGGCCAGGUUGAAGAAUUGAAUGCCAAUAUAACAAGAGAUUCAAAUCUAACAAACAAGGACGAGACACUCCCUCAAUCUCCACAGAAGCGGCUCUCUAAUCCAGUGGUGCGAUUACCAUCCCUCGAUGAUAACUUCGGUCCCUUGGACUUGACCGUCAACCCUCUUCCGGAAAACUUCGUCCAUGAUCACCUCCUCGCUGAAAACCUCCGAAUGAAGUACCGUGCUCACAGCGAAAAUUCGCUUCAGGAUUGCUUCAUGAGCACUACGUCGACCGAGAAGACAGAGACUGACAGUAUUGGAAGGGAAGGCGCUCAAGCGACCAUCAGUAAGAUUGCUCUCAGGUUCCGUACCUUGGGCUCGAUGAACUUUAACCGGUCCGGAAACCUUCGGGCGGAGCAGCAGAAAGAACAGAUGCAGAUGGAGAUGAAGAUGAGAAGGGAAUGCAAGACAAGAUUUAUACAGCUUUGAUUAUGAACCAGGGUUAGGGACAAAUAAUUCAUCUCCUCAGAGCUAGAAAGGCAUUAAUUCACAUUAUUUAACUUACAUGGGGGUGAAUGCCCUUGUUGCUCUCAGCAGACUAGUUGUACAUGAAACUUGUAAUUCUUUGGAAGGCAUAUACCAUGUGAGUCAAAAAAAAAAUUACACCUAGAAAAUUGCUAAUUAUUUUAAAACUCAUCUAUGAACAGUAAAUUAUUAUACAUCUUAUGGAAGAGUGUUUUACCCAAAAUCGUUUGGUAUCAUUUUUGUGUGGUAUAUUUUCACGCUUGGAUGAACAGGGGACAUUGUUUGCGAGAUUGCAA